AUGGCAUCUAAAAUACCCUUCAAAAACGAUGGGAGCUUUUUGGAAUUAUUUAAGCAAAUGCAGGCUGAACAAGAAAGAGUGUCUAUUGAAAAACCUAUAGUUCCUGAUGAGGUUAAAUUAGAAGACACCGAUGAUUCUGACAGUAAACCAUGCAAAAUUGAAGACGUAAAAGUUAUUCCUGAUGAUCCUAAGGUUUUGGUGGCUAUCGAAUCAUUGGUCCUUCGCGUUUGUGGCAUGUCUCACAGUCUGUGCGAAGCUGAGAUCAAAAAGUUUGAGGACAGCGUUCAGUACUGGUUCCUGACACUUCCAGAGACCAACGAAUACAAGUUCUUCAGAAGAAGACUAGCAGAGAUGCGGAAGAAUAAAUUGUCCUGCAAUCCAGUCAAGUCAGAACCCACAACUAUAUGCAAAUCAGAAGAUGAUGAUGCAAAUCCUACGAAAAAGCGUCGCUCAAGAUGGGACGAUAAACGCGAUGAGCCCGAAAAACCUGUUGUGACAAAAGACAUUCCAGAUGGUUCAUUGGCUUCUGCAGUUGCCCUCGCUAAAGCUGCUGCUGCCGCUGCUGCAAAAUCCCAAGCAACGUCUUCUACUCCCAAUACAAAUCAAUUUACUGGUGGUGUUGUCCUUACACCUGAGCAAGCUGAACAGAUCCGAUAUCAGAAAGAGCUCCAAGCUAUGCAGGAGUUCAUCUUAGCACAAAAACGAUCAAAGACUAAAGAAGAAGAACUUAUGGCUCGUAUAGCUGGUGUCAAUUAUGGAAACAAAAAAAGAGUUACUAAAGAUGGUUUAGUUAUUAAGUAUGAAUAUGAUUCAGAUGAAGAUUGUGAUGGUGGAACAUGGGAGCAUAAACUAAGAGAAGCAGAAAUGGAAGCAACUAGAGAAUGGGCUCAGAAACUGACUGAAAUGGGUCGUGGAAAGCAUCAUAUUGGAGAUUUCCUACCGCCAGACGAACUGGAACGCUUUAUGGAAACUUUCCGUGCAUUAAAAGAAGGUCGUGAACCAGACUAUUCUGAGUAUAAACAAUUCAAGUUAACUUGUGAAAAUGUUGGUUUUCAAAUGUUAGAAAAAAUGGGUUGGAAAGAAGGUGAAGGACUUGGAGUUGAUGGUCAGGGUAUUGUUAAUCCGGUUGACAAAGGAAAUGUUUUCGUUGAAGGUGUUGGCUUAGGCGUUGAUCGUCCGUCUAAACUUAUCAAGGAAGAUGAUGAAUAUGAUGCCUAUAGAAAGCGUAUGAUGCUGGCGUAUCGAUUUCGUCCAAACCCUUUAAAUAAUCCACGACGGGACUAUUAUUAA